AUGUUCUCCGGGUGGAUGUUUAGAGGGCAGGGUGGUUCAGGUGAUCCGACUAGAGGUCGGGGACGUCGGGGUAACCCAGCUAGAGGUCGUGGUCGGGGUAACCCAGCUGUGCGUGCCCCUGUUGAGGAUAUCCCUGUUCAGGAUCAGCAGCAGGAGGUGGAGGCGGCACCCCCCGUUCAGCCCCGACAGCCAGGAGAGCCCCCUGCAGAGCUGGAUGAUCAGGGGAGGGCACUGUGUUUCCCAGACGCCAGCAGGGAGAGGCUGUUGAACUCUGGACCAAUCUCCCGAUCUAUGCGGGAGAUCUUUAGAAAGUGCUGGUUCGAGAAUGGGCGAGCCUGGCGGUUUUUGACUCCAGAGCAGACAGAUUUCUAUUGGGAGGAAUUUAAGAAAGAAUACUGGUGGGAUACGGCGGAUUACAGCGACGACGUCAUCAAAGGUGUAUUCAUGACGCAUGCUGCCAACCGAUACAAGGACGUUAUUCACAGGAUGAGAGAGAAGGACGGAAAACAUACCUCGAUCAGCCAAGAUAUCUGGGAUUCCUGGCAGGCCGUCUGGGCGUCAGAGGACGAGAAGAAGAAGUCCGAUGUAGCUCGCGCUAAUCGGAUGAGCGAGCCUGCUGGAGCCGGUUCCGGACCAGUACGCCAUACAGGGGGAUCCCGUUCCGCCAUCAGACAUAUGGAUGUGUUGGCUGACGAGCUCGGCCGCAAGCCUACCGCAACAGAGCUGUAUACUCGGAUGCACUCCACGAAAGCUGAUAAGACAUGA